AUUGAUUUUGAGCCACGUCAAAAUGAAAGUGUGCCAAAGGACAUCGAAGGGAGAUCAACAGUGAUCAACUGUUUAUUGGAUAAGAAGUAUCGUGUUGAGAAACUUAUCAUAUGUUAUUGUUAUGAAAGUACCUUUCCAGCUUUUGCAUUGAACAGUUUCUUGGGCUCUGAGAAAGAAUAACUCUCCUUCAAAAGUAACACUUGUGCUCUAGUAGUGAAGAUACAGAGACCCACCGGAGGAGAUCUCAAAUAUGUUAUUGGAGACUUCUGUGUUCAAUGCUUGUACAGGAUAGCCUUGCAGAAAGUUGUCGUGCAAGUAUUUUUACCUUUCAAGUUAGAUUUUGAGUUGAGAGUUCCAAUAACCAGGCUUUGAACGUUUUGUUUCAACACAGAAGAUCUCUUAGUCGUAAAUAUCAUUAGAGUGCAAACUUUUGAUCUGCUAAGAAUUGGUGGUGUUUGAUAUUUCAUCCAACGUUACUUUUGGUUAGAUCUUGGUCGUAUGGAACAAAGAUUCCUGAACGGUAGUCUCUCUUUACUUGUUUUCAAAGAAUGAGAUAUUCUCUAUCUUUUGAAAGUUACUAGUGAAAUUUGAGCUUCCAUGGAUGAAAUGUCGUUCUUGUCCAAGUUAAGAGGCCUUCCACCCAAAGUCCAUAUAUUAUUGACUGUAUGUACUUUUGGAGGUAGUAUUGCCGGUAUAGACACUGCUCUUGUUAGUGGAGCACAACUUUUCUUUGUAAAAAGGUUUCAUUUGGACACCUCUUUGCAAGGUCUUACGGUUGCUGCUACUCUUUUGGGAGCUUUGGUUGGUGCUCUUCUGUCUAAUAAAUUGAACAAGUUGGUGGGUAGGAAAGGCGCCAUGUUUCUGGCAGGUAUGGAUGCCAUAGCUGCUGGUAUAACAGAGUCUUGUACGGACAUAUGGGAGGUUCUUCUGAUAGGUCGGCUGUUUCUUGGCAUUUGUUUUGGAAUUAUGACCAGCACUAUUCCAAUGUUUCUUUCGGAAUGUGCACCAAAACAUGUUCGUGGAAUGUUCACAACAGUAUAUCAACUGGCCUAUGCCAUUGGAUACUUUAUUGGCCUUAUUGUGGAUACUAUAUUUGUACAUGUGGAACAUGGUUGGCACUUUAUGUUAGGUUCAGUCACAGUGCCUUCUCUAGUUGUUGUUUGUUGCCUUUUCUUUGCAUCUGAGUCUCCGAGAUGGUUAUUCAUGAAAGGUCGUCAGGAAGAUGCGUGGAGUUCCUUAUUGACACUUCGUUCUUCUCAAGGAGCGGCGUUGGAAGAGUAUUAUGAAAUACGAGAAUGGAUGCAAAGGGAACAAGAGGAUACUAAUUCUAUCUGUGGUUUUUUUUGUCUAUUAUAUCGACAACCUCAUAUCCGUCGUCCUAUUCUUUUAGGCAUUGCAUUGCAAUUUGCUCAACAAUUCUGUGGUGUCAAUGCUGUUAUGUUUUAUUUUGAAUACGUAUUACAGUUUGCAGGACUAUCUGAUUCUCACAGUAUUGAUGUGAGUCUAGCACUGGGUUUUGCUGCUGUUGUAUUCACAUUUCCAGCCUUUUGGCUUGUGGAUAGAUUGGGAAGGAGAUUUCUUCUACUGACUACUAUGCCAUUUGUCUCUCUCAUGUUGUGGUUGUGCGGGUUUUCUUUCUUUGGAGGUUACAAGGUUCGACUAGUAUUGAACAUUACUGGAACAUUGCUUUUUCGUUUAUUUUAUGGACCUGGUCUUGGUCCUGUUCCUUGGAUUAUAGUGGCAGAAAUCUAUCCUUGGUAUGUCCGGUCUCCUUGUCUCACUUUGAAUUCCUUCUUUUGUUAUUUGUUCAAUUUUACAGUUUCCUUUUCUUGGCCUACGAUGCUCAAGUCGAUGCAUGCCCAAGGUGCUUUUAGUUUCUUUGCAAGCUGUACAUUAUUGUCAACUAUGUUCAUUUAUCUAUUUGUUCCUGAGACAAAAGGUUUACAGCUCGAUUCUAUUGAAAGGCUUUUUGAACAAUCCUUUUAUAUGAUAGCGAAAGAAAAUGUAAGGAAUACCAAAGAGCGUAUGAAAAAGUGGAAUAUCUGUGGUUUGAAUCAUUUUUGUAACAGCAAGUGUAAUAAUUGCACCAAGCAACCAUCGAAAACAGAAACAAAUAUAGAAUGAGUAUCCUGUGAUGAUUCGUCGUCAUUGGAUUCAAGAAGAAGAGUAUAACCGAGGAUAGUGUAAUCCAAAUAUAUUAUUAUUUGGGGAUAUGUACAGAAAAUAUAUUCACACAAUGUAUACAGAGAGAGUGAGUUGAUAAGUAGUGGUCAAUGAGCAACAUUGUGAUCAUCAUUCUGGUGGUAAACUAUUUUGAAUAUGAUCAAUCAUUCAUGUUAUAUUUCAUGGACAUAGGAAUGUUAUGUGCGAAUCUCAACUAUUGGUUCCGAAUGCAUUCUUUUGAAACAUAGUUUCCAACUCUCUCUCAUUGUGUAUAGAAUAUUGGUCAAAUUUGAUUGGAUUUUCUAAAACAUGCAAAAUGUAUUGAGAAACUUCAUCAUAUGAAACUAAUGGGUGUUAAUGACUACAGCGUCAGAAGAUAUUGAUUGAAUUCUGUUGGACCAUAUAUUCCUUUCAUGGAGAUGUCGAAAAUAGGCUAUCGCUCAACCGCUAUUGCUAUUUGUUGAAUUCAAUAAUAAGAAAAAUUAUAUCGACUCAAGCUAGCAACUUACCUUUAGACUAGCUUAUAAAAUAUUAAAUUAUAGUUAUUGAGAGGCAUAUCCAUCUUUCUAAAAAAUGUAACCGAAACAAUGUGAAGUAUUUCUUCACACAAAUACGAUAAAGAAGGUGUUGAUUAU